UGAAGACUCACGAUUGAGUUGUCGUGAGGCAGUUAACCUUCUAUCCAGCCAAUGGUCACGCAAUUCCUCUUGGGGGCGUGGCCCUACUACAUGCCUGGCACGGCUGUCUUGAUCGUGGCCAUCUUGUUUGGCUCCCGUACGAUCACGUUCCGCGCGCCGUCGCUUCGACAGGUGUUGUUCGAAGCGCUCGGCCGCGUGAAAGGCAUUCCGAUCGUGUGGAUCGAGUGUCCAGCAGCCGCGGCGCGGGUGUUGAAGGCAUCGUCCAUCAAGGGAGAGUUCCUCGAGCGCACGUUCUCGGCCCCGGCCUUUCUCCCGCUGUUGUCGUUAGAGUCUGCCGACGACCCGCAAUGGAGCGUCCUGAAAGCCCACUUGACCACGUUCAUGCACUCGUUGCCGCCGGUGUCGAAUCUGCAGUCGAUCGCCCACCGCGUUACUCUAGAAUCCAUGUCGGCGCUGAACCGAUUGGACGCCGACGCCAUCAGUUCCAUCUCGGUGGCGACGUUCUUCGAGUGGAUCUUUGGGCGUGCAAUGCCAAUAGACGUGCGGCAGUUGAUGUGCUCCGCGACCUGGGAAUGGCGCAAGGAGAUCGCCGUCAAAGGCAAGGGCGACAUGGCGCUAAAGCAACGCGCCGUCGAUGCGAUCGUUCGCGAAAUCCUGGCCACGCCGCACGUGUGCCACGUAUUUGGCGCACAUCAGUGGACCGACCCCGAGUUCUUUUCCGUGCUCAUCCAACCGUUUCUGGUCUCGCCGGCUAUCAACAUCUCGGACAUUGCUGUGCAAGUUCGCCAGCAACUCGUGCACACCAACACCCACGACCCUGCCAAGAACCUCGCCGACCUCGUCCAUGCCGCCAUGGACGCGGCCCAUCCGUUCGUCUUGCUCGAGCGCUUCCUUCCAUUGGGUCUGCAUGAUGAUUUAGUGCAAAUAGCACCUGGCACUCAUGUGUUUAUCCCAGUGGACAUGAUCACAACAGACGCUGCGAUCCGAUUCGGCGCCGGCGCGCGCAAGUGCCCUGGAACGCACCUCGGCAUGGCGUGCAUGCUUGGCAUAUUCUCGGCAGAAGUGCUCCAGCAUGACAAGUUUCAGCCCCACGUUGGUCAUUUGUACUCUGGACGGGACCAAGAUGGUCAGGAAUCGCUCCAAGAAACUAUCUUUCAAGGCGCCCAGAUUGCAGCAGCUCUAUGGGCUGCGUUCCUAGCUAGAAUACGUGGCGCCCUACGAGCCCAGCUAAAGAAUACAUAGGACCUUUCGGCAGGUUCGACAUAUGUAGACGGGUUGGUGUUGCCAGUAUUAUUAUUAAUAUAAACAGCCUCUAUGAUUUG